GAUAUCCUAAAAGAAAAUUGGAAUGGGUUAGACAAAAACUUUACGCUGAUAGCACAAGCUGUGAUGGAGAACUCACCAUAUCAAUGACUUAUAUUAAGCCCGACAAAGAUAACCUGCUUUAUGUGCUUAGAGAUCAAUAG